GAGAAAAGCUACAUGAGAGAAAACUUUAAACCAAAAGCUGUUUCUUUAGAAAGAUCAAAGAAAGAGAUCAAUAAAAGACAUUUUAUUAGUACAAUCAAGAAAAAGAGAGAGAACACAUAUUAGCAACAUAGGAAAUUAAAGAGUUUAUUACUACUGAUCCUGAAAGCAAAAUAAGAAAAUAUCCUAAACUAUAUAGUUUGCCAAUUCGUUUAGCAUCUUAGGUUAAAUGAACAAAUUUCUUUACAAAUAUAACUUACCAAAAUUGAUACUAAAUAAAAUGGAACACCCCCGAUUGAUUAUGAAAUGAAUGCCCCCGAUUUAUUAAAGGAAUUUAAUUUUCUGAUCAAAAAUCUUCCCACACUGAAAACUCUAGGAUCAGAUGAUUUCGUUGCUGAAUUUUGUCCAACAUCCUAGGAAGAAAUCACAUCAGUCUAAUGUAAGUUAUUUCAGAAAAUAGAAGGCACACUUUCCAACUAAUUUUAGAGGUCUGAUUUAACUAAUAUUCCUGAACCAGACAAAGACAUUACAAAAAUAAAAAAAAGAGGAAAUUACAGACUAAUAUUCUUCAUGUACAGAGACACAAAAAUUAUUACCAAGUAUUAACAUAUCAAAACCAGUGAUAUAUAAAAAGGUCAGUAUAUUAUGAUCAAAGGAGGUUGAUGUCAAGAGUGAAAGUAUUUCCUUAACGUUCAAAACUCAAUCAGUAAUAAUUCAUCCUACUGGUAACCAUCAGUAUGUUCUCUAUAGUUGAGUCUGUUUCUUGGUUUGCCUCUUUUUUCCCCCUUUUGCUCGUUUGUUUUGCUUCUUAAAUUCCACUUGUGAGUGAAAUCACAUGGUUGAUACCUGUACAGAAGAAUUGGGGGAUAAGGUAAGGCCUGCUGUGACUUUGCCGGGAGUCACCAAUGUUCACCAAACAGCUUUUAGAACCAUUUGAUAGAAACACCAGGGCAGUGUCUUCCAGAGAGCAAGUGGUGGAAAACUCUGGGAGGGAAAAAAAAAAUGAAGAGCAGGGAAGAUCCUUCCAAGAAAUGUGUUAGUGUAGGAUGGAAGGAAUCUGCCUGUCUUCUCUGGUGGAGGAAUGUAGGGGGCCGCCUCCUCCAUGCUGGGUAUAACCUCCAACGGGCCAAAAUAGCACAGGAAUUAGCUUCUCCCAAAUCCCUGCCUGUGGGUGAUUACACAGCCUUCUCCCAUGCGCAAGAACAGGUACACAGAGACUGUUUUGUGGUACGUGAAGGAGCAAAUAUAAUGGACGCUGGACGCACUGUGCUUCCAAAUGCCCUUCCUCGUCACAGGCUUGCUGCUGGCACCUUGGGAACGAUGGGAGCCGGUUUGGGAUUGGCCAUUGCAGCCUCUACGUUGGCCAAGAUAGAGCCCAGGGCAGUGGGUCUUCUGCGUGGAAGGAGACGGUGUAUUGGGGUCUUCUGCACCCAAGUGGAAACCAUCUGCAGGCACAACUUGCCAUCCGUACCUUUGGUGGUGAUUCACAAUGGAAUUUGUCAAAGUGUCGACGCAGAUGCUUGGAAUGAAAUGUUAAUAUUUGGAGAUGCUACUGCAGUGGCCCCUCCAGUCUGUCUUCUGCCAAACUCACAUUAUAAGCGAGUUAUAACUGUGUUUUUUAGAGGCAAAGGGUAUCUUGUACAAGCGCCAGAAGAACUCCAAAAAUCACUGAGCCAGAGUGUGGCAGACACAACUAAACCCUCUUCUAUCAAUAUCAUGACUAAGUCGUGAGUCAUAUGGAAGGCCCAGGAUUUUCACUGGCUGGCCCACUGUAAUACAUAAAUAAA